AUGUCAACCAUGUACACUCCUCUAAAGGCUUCGCGACGGGAAGUUCGUCUCAUUUCGAUCCGCCCAGACUUGAACAAGCUUGACGGCAGUAAUAUGCCCCGAGACAGCAUUCCUGAAGGAACACUCAUAUGCACCAUGAAAACGGUAUCUUUGAAAGAUUGGACCUCGGACUAUGCCGCCUUCCGAGCCAAGGCAAUCGACUGGCCCUACUCGCCUACCACUCUCUAUGAGAAGUGGGAACAUUUCUCGCGCGAGAAGGCUGGAUGUACAGAUGACGACAGAACCACUCCUGAUAGAUUCGUGUGGGGGGACUACGAGACCAUCAGCUACACAUGGGAGAACGGAUCGAACACACAGCACACUAUCUCCGUCAACGACAGACCAUUCGUCGUUCAAGAUAAUCUCUAUCAGGCACUGCAAGAGUUCCGGAAAGGUAGAGACUUUGUGGAAGGCCGAACACGAAUGCUCUGGGCCGAUGCGAUCUGUAUCAAUCAGGAUGACCUCGACGAGCGAGCUACCGAGGUCAAAAGAAUGAAUGAGAUUUUCAGCACUGCAAUCAAGUCGACGGUCUGGCUCGGGGCGUCCCUUGACCUCAAAGGCGCAGAUACACAAGUCUACUUUGACCUCAUCGGGCGCCUCAUAGACGAUUUCUAUCGCACGACGCUCCCGGAUGACUCAUCGAUCAAUUCCCUACAACGAGCAUCAACUGAGACCGUUUCAUCAGGAGAAGGGUAUCUAGAUGAGCAUGAUCCUGAACAUCAGGAAAGCCAUGCGCUGUCGGAGAAAGCUCUUGCUGUGAUUUCCCAGUUCGAUCCUGCAGAGCGCCCUCCCAUCUCCGCACUUGAAACGCUGCACCCUGACGAGCGCCUAGAGGCCCUGCUUUUUCCUAUAUUUCGCCUCGAUUAUUGGAAUCGGGUUUGGAUCAUUCAAGAGCUCACUAUCAGCUCUAGCCACACAGUCGUACGAGCAGGGUCCUCACAGAUCUCGUUCGCGCGACUGUCUUGGUUUGCAGAAUGGUAUAGCAGAGAUUCUACGUUUGACUCCAGUUGGUCACCCAAUGACGAGUACACGAGGAACAUCAUGAACACAUUUCUUCUACUCAAAACUAUCUAUCAAGUUCAACUCCAACUUGGACCCGACGAGUGGAAGACGAGUCCUGAACAGAUGUUGAUUAGACAAGGCCUCAUGUCUCGAUCGUCUCUACCUCUGGACAAGCUAUACGGAGUGUUGGGGUUAUUGCAGCCUUCCGCAUAUCUCGGAAUCGAUGUUGACUAUAGGAAGACUGUUCGACAGGGCUCCAUUGAUGCAGCUAUUGCUUGGAUGCGUGCUGGGAAGAGUCUCAAGACUUUCGACAUUCGCAGAGAAUUCCAAAACUCGCGAGUGCCGUGUUGGGCAGUAGAUCUAUCGAUAGAUCAAGAUCCAAUGUCAAGUAUGGCGGCACACUUCUGGGUCAGGGGUCCAGCUAAGAUCCCGGAGGUGGACUGGGAAAUCUUUUGGGAGAGUCAAGUUGGACUGAGGGACCAGGGCAUCUUGAGUCUUGAAGCCAAACACCUGGAAACUGUUGAUGGAGUUGCGGCUUGUGUGCCUCUUGAAAGGAGAAGUCUGGAAAGCUGGUCCCCGAAGCUUACUCCGCCAAGAGCCAUUGAUUAUUCAACGACGCAGCUGACACGACUUUAUCACUCUUAUAGCGACGACUCUGAGAUGCUCGCUUGUCUAGAUGCUAUUUUACGCAAUGUCCCGAAUUGGGAAACUGAAGGGCUAAAAAGCAGAUAUUAUGCAGAAGGAUCUCCUGACGUCUUCAAACUCAGUACUUUGGCAGAGAAGUUGGAGCUGAGUAGCGAUGUUUCGUCUGAAUCCCACCCCUUGGGGGUCUCGGCGGCGACAGCAAGGGGACUGUCUUCUCUGAAGCAGUUCCUUGACGCUAGUGCCGACUUCGAACUUUGGAAAGAGAAGCUAUCAUUGCUCUUUCCCGGAAUCGGACAGAAGCCAGGGUCCCCAAUCUCAGCAUCCCACACGUCAGACUUGGCAACCCUUUUAGACACGGAUGGGUCACAGGCACUCGAGGACAUGAUGCAACAUGUCAACAUGUGGACACUUUCUCAGGUGCGACUGAUCACCACCACGAGUGGAUAUCUUGGUAUGGCUGCUCAACUUGUAAAACAAGGCGAUAUGAUUUAUGCGGUCGAGGGCUAUGGGUGCCCUGUCAUCUUGCGACCUAUUGAGAACGCGGACACGUUUGAGUUUAUUGGUCUGGCCGAGGUUUGGAGCCCGGCUGUGAGCGGAACAUGGGAGAACAUGACGUUUUACUGUAUUGUUAGACUGCAGUGA